CUGCACCACUUUCCCGUGGAACCUACCCCGGAUACUUUAUCCUUCUAUGUAGUGUACAUGUGUCAGCAUAUUCAGCCGCGCUCGGUUGAAUCCUACCUCACCGGCAUCGUCAGUCAACUCGAGCCUUACUUCCCAGCAGUUCGCAGUAUCCGGCAAUCUCACUUAGUCAAACAAUCGCUACAAGGUUCGGCGCGUCGGUUUGGACGUCCUACGCGUCGCAAGCAGCCUCUCAUGCGCAAGGACUUGGUACGGGUUGUGCAUGACCUUACCAGGCCUUGGGCCUUUGACGACCUUCUCUGGGUCUCUCAACUCUUGUCAGGCUUUUUCGGUCUCAUGAGAGUGGGCGAGUUAGUAUGGCCUGAUCAACUCGACCUUCAAGACUAUUCAAAGUUGUCACUUCGUCACUCGGUUCGAGUGGACGUCGACUACUAUUCCUUCCUUCUGCCGAGAGACAAGGCGGACAUUCAUUUUGAAGGGAAUCAGGUCCUUAUUCAACGUUCGGAGGAUGAUGAUGAUCCUCUUGCACCCUUCGUCGCGUAUCUCAACAUGCGUGAUGCCAGAUUUCCUCUUCAACCCUUUCUGUGGCUGCGCAGCACUGGAACGCCCCUAACGCGGGCAUGGUUUAUUCGGCGUUUACGCGCCUUCUUUCCCGCCAGCAUAGCUGGUCAUUCAUUGCGCGCUGGUGGGGCUACUUCCCUUGCGGCUGCUAAUGUGCCGCCUGCUAGCAUCCAG